GGGGGUUUUUGUGAACUUUACCCUUCCAUCCCUUCCUCUUUCAUCUUCCCACUGAUUAAUCACCUGAUCGGAUCUAAGCUUCUCCCUCCAUUUUUCUACCACCUGCUCUCUCUCAUCACCUCCUGCGAAUUUAAAAAUCCCACUCAACCGAACCUUUUCUCUUUUCCUCAAUCUCUAUGACCCGCUGAAACCCUCACCAAAAUGGACGGCGAUCCCAAUAGCUCCGCCGCCCAAACUCCGCAGCCCUCCGACCUCGACAUCUCCGCCUCUGCCACUGCAAACGACGCCACCGGCGUCUUCUCCUCCGUUUCGCUCCAAGAUCCGAACCCUAAUCCUGACUUGAUCUCGCCUGAACCCUCUUUCUCCCACGUUUCCCUCCAAGAUCCGAGCCAUAACCCUGAUCCUAAUCUGAUCUCGCCCGAUGCAAGCCCUAGCCCAACAGAGGGAUCCUCUCUCUCCUCUCUAACCUCGGAUCCUUUCGCUUCUCCAUUGAUCUCGCCGCGGAAAUCCCGAUCUAAGACCCCAAUGCCGGAGGUCUCGCCUGAGCUCACUCGCCUUGUUGACUCCGCCGUCCAUGGAGACGCUGCCAGCCUUGAUGAGCUCAGAUCCGUCGUCUCCAGUGAUGUCUCGACGUCUGUUGUUGAUGCUCUUCUUGCGACUAUGGGCGGAGUGGACGGGUUUGAUGAGUCGAGCGGUGGAGCUGGAGUCAAUGAUCCGCCGACUGUGAUGAUUAACUCGCAGGCUGCUGUAAUUGCUGCGAAGUUGAUACCUUUUCUUCCAUUUGGAGGGGAUUCGAAGAGUUUUGAGCCGCCGAGGUCGAGAAUGGUCAGGGGUUUGCUUGCUAUUUUGAAUACUUGUGCGAGGAAUCGAGCAAUGUGUUCGAGUUCUGGUUUGUUUUCAGCUUUGUUAGAGUCUGUAGAGCAAGUAUGUGAGAGUUCUUGGGAUGGGAAAGUGUUGUGUGAAUGUAUUCAGGUUUUAGCUGGCCACUCUUUGAGCGUAUCUGAACUAAAUUCUUUGCUUGAAUUGAUUAAUAAAACGUUAAUGACUGAAUGGGCUUUGAGAUUGAUGCUGGCACUUGAGAAUGCAAUGGCGUGUAAAGAAGCUAAAGGUCCAAAGGCUUCUUUUGAAUUUGAUGGAGAGAGUUCGGGUUUGCUGGGUCCUGGAGAGAGUCGAUGGCCAUUUUACAGUGGGUAUGCUUUUGCCACUUGGAUUUACGUUGAAUCUUUUGCUGAUACAUUGAACACAGCAACUGCAGCUGCUGCUAUUGCUGCUGCGGCCGCUGCAAAAUGUGGGAAGUCUUCUGCUAUGUCUGCGGCUGCUGCUGCAAGUGCACUCGCUGGUGAAGGGACAACUCACAUGCCGAGAUUGUUCAGUUUCAUUUCUUCUGAUAAUCAUGGUAUUGAGGCUUACUUUCAUGGACAAUUUUUGGUGGUGGAGACUGGGGGUGGUGGUGGUAAAGGAAAGAAGCAAUCUUUGCACUUUACACAUAGUUUCAAACCAAAAUGUUGGUAUUUUGUUGGUUUAGAGCAUUCUUAUAAGCAGGGGUUGAUGGGGAAAUCAGAGAGUGAGUUGAGAUUGUAUGUUGAUGGGAAGUUGUAUGAGAGCCGGUCAUUUGAGUACCCGAAAGUGUCGAAGUCUCUGGCAUUUUGUUGCAUUGGGACGAAUCCGCCUCCUACUAUGGCUGGUUUGCAGAGGCGGAGGAGGCAAUGCCCUUUGUUUGCAGAGAUGGGUCCUGUUUAUAUCUUUAAGGAGUCAAUUGGGGCGGAGAGAAUGGCAAGGUUGGCUGCUAGGGGUGGAGAUGCUCUUCCUAGUUUUGGUAAUGGUGCGGGUUUGCCAUGUCUUGGGACUAACGAGCAGGUGAGGAGUCUUGCUGAAGAGAGCUCGAAGUUGGAUGCUGAGAUUGGUGGCAGUCUGUGGCACGCUUGUUACCAUGCUAGUACUAUCCAUGUUGAAAUAUGUCUUUUUUUUUACUUGUCAGGUGCACUUCGAAGACCUGCUGAAGUUCUUGGCCAAGUUUAUGUUGCGGUUCGUCAACGUCCAGCAGAAUCUUUAUGGGCCUUGGCCUAUGGAGGUCCAUUGGUUUUGCUUCCUCUAACAGUAAGCAAUGUGCAGAUGGAUAACCUGGAACCUAUACAUGGUGAUCCUUCUUUAUCUCUUGCCACUGCCUCACUUGCUGCCCCUAUAUUAAGGAUUCUUUCAAUGGCUAUUCAACAUCCUGGUAACAAUGAGGAGUUAUCUCGUUCUCAGGCCCCUCAAAUUUUGUCUAGAAUUUUAAGCUAUGUACUGCAAAAGGUAUCUGAACCUGAAAUCAGCAAGCAUUGUGGACAAAGUGAUGAGGAGCUUGUUUCUGCAGUAAUUUCUCUAUGUCAAUAUCCGAAGAGUCAUUCCUUGAAAAUUCAACUCUUUAGUACUUUGCUAUUGGAUUUGAAAAUAUGGAGUUUCUGCAAUUAUGGUUUGCAGAAGAAGCUACUGUCGUCACUCGCAGACAUGGUUUUUACGGAGUCUUCAGCGAUGAGGGAUGCCAAUGCCCUGCAUAUGCUUCUUGAUGGAUGCAGACGGUGCUACUGGGUUGUUCAUGAAGCAGAUUCCAUUGAUACAUUUUCAAUCCAUCAAUCAUCUAGACCUGUUGGUGAAUUGAAUGCACUGGUUGAUGAGCUCAUGGUGGUCAUUGAACUUCUAAUAGGAUCAGCAUCUUCUUCAUUAGCUGUUGAGGAUAUAAGGUCAUUGAUUGGCUUCCUGGUUGACUGUCCGCAACCAAAUCAGGUUGCAAGGGUAUUGCACCUUCUAUAUAGGUUGAUGGUGCAACCAAAUACAUCUCGGGCUCGAAUAUUUGCACAAUCAUUUAUCUCUUCUGGUGGAAUAGCUGGUAAUUAUAAUGUCUUAGAAAGUUCUAGCUUAAACAGUCAUGUUAAUGUAUCAAACGAGGAUACUAGAUUGAGAAUUACCAGUACAGACUGCGGAUUCACUGAUGACCUUGGAUUAUCUGAGAUUGAAGGUUCUAAUUCUCACAAAGAGCGACCUAACCUUGAUGCAUUGAUCAAUGAAAAUGCAAAAAACGAGGCAUCUCAAGUAGAAACUACUAAGAGCGAGGAUGAAGGAAUCAAGCCUCAACUACAACUAUCUGAACAUGCGGAUCCUAUUUCUCAUAAUGAGGGCCCUGUAUCUGAAUCUGAGUUAUCAAGUGGUGGUAACAACUCUACUAAUGCUCCCUUAAGGAAAAAUAUUGAAAGAUUGACAUCCACCUCUGAAGAUCAACUAUUGAAAAAUUUAGGUGGCAUAACUUUUUCCAUAAAUGCUGACAGUGCUAGGAAUAAUGUUUAUAACAUUGACAGUGGUGAUGGAAUUGUUGUUGGGGUAAUAAAACUUUUGGGCGCUCUUGUCACGUCUGGCCACUUGAAAAUCAGCUUGGAUUCUGCAUCUUCAACUUUCCCAACUAAACUUGCUACUAGUGGUCUGUCCAACGAUAGUAGUCCUGUGUAUGAUGACAAAGUUUCCCUGCUGCUUUUCGCGUUGCAAAAGGCUUUUGAAGCAGCCCCAGAUAGGCUUUUGACUGCAAAUGUGCACAUGGCUUUGUUGAGUGCAACGAUCAAUUUUUCUUCAACUGAUGAUGGGCUCAGUCUCUAUGACUCCGGCCACCGCUUUGAGCAUGUUUACCUUUUGUUAGUGCUGCUCCGAUCAUUACCUUAUGCAUCAAGAACUUUCCAACUUCGAGCGCUGCAGGAUCUUCUAUUUUUGGCUUGCAGUCAUCCGGAAAAUAGAAGCACUCUAACUCUCAUGGAAGAAUGGCCAGAAUGGAUAUUGGAGGUUCUUAUAUCAAAUUAUGAGAUUGAAUCCAACAAAAAUUCAUGCAGCGUGAGCAUUGUUGAGAUAGAAGACCUAGUACACAGUUUUCUUAUCAUUAUGCUAGAGCACUCUAUGCGGCAAAAAGAAGGCUGGAAGGAUGUGGAAGCUACAAUUCAUUGUGCAGAAUGGCUAUCGGUUGUUGGGGGAUCUAGUACAGGAGAACAAAGAAUCAGACGUGAAGAAUCCUUACCUCUUUUCAAGAGAAGACUCCUAAGUGGUUUGCUAGAUUUUGCUUCCAGGGAGCUUCAGGUUCAGACUCAAAUUAUUGCAGCAGUAGCUGCUGGCGUUGCUGCUGAGGGUUUGUCACCACAGGAAGCUAAAGCAGGAGCAGAAAACGCUGCACAGCUUUCUGUGGCUCUAGCCGAAAAUUCAAUUGUGAUUUUAAUGCUUGUAGAAGAUCAUCUGAGAUCACGUGGACAGCUAUUUUGUUCGUCAUGCUCAGCAAAUGGUAUUGGUAUUGGAUCUUCUGCUUCAUCAACUUCUUCGGCUAUUAGUCGCUCCAAUUCUUUAGGAAAGAUGGAUGGUUAUUCUUUGGAUGGUAUAGGCUCCAAGAGGUCAUCAAUAUCUAGUGCUACUGGAGGGCUUCCAUUAGAUGUUCUAGCUUCUAUGGCUGAUGCAAAUGGCCAAAUUUCUGCAGCUGUUAUGGAGCGUCUUACCGCAGCUGCUGCAGCUGAGCCUUAUGAGUCUGUACGGUGUGCAUUUGUAUCUUAUGGCAGCUACAUUUUAGAUCUAUCUGAGGGUUGGAAGCACAGGAGCAGGAUGUGGUAUGGUGUUGGUCUUCCUCCUAAGAAGGCUGAUUUUGGUGGUGGUGGCAGUGGCUGGGAAGUCUGGAAUUCUACUUUGGAAAAGGAUUCUAAUGGUAACUGGAUAGAACUUCCUCUAGUGAAGAAGUCAGUUACCAUGCUCCAGGCACUUCUAUUAGAUGAAUAUGGACUUGGGGGCUGUCUCAGUAUUGGAGGUGGGUCAGGCUCUGGAAUGGGGGGGAUGACAGCACUUUAUCAGUUGUUGGACAGUGAUCAGCCUUUUCUUUGCAUGCUCCGGAUGGUCCUUGCUUCAAUGAGAGAGGAUGACAAUGGAGAAGAUAACAUAUUAAUGAGGAAUAUAAGCAUAAAGGAGGGCAUAUCAGAAGGUUUAAGUAAGCGAAGUUGGAAUAUGAUGUCUACUGAUAAUAAUACUUUGCCAGCAAGGAAAUCUAAUGCAGGCCUUCUUUGGAGUGUGCUUUCACCAAUCCUUAACAUGCCAAUAUCUGAAUCCAAGAGACAAAGAGUGCUGGUUGCAUCUUGUAUAUUAUAUGCAGAGGUAUGGCAUUCUAUAGACCGGGACAGGAAUCCUCUGCGCAAGCAGUACCUUGAAGCAAUCUUACCACCAUUUAUUGCAAUUUUAAGACGGUGGCGACCCCUUUUGGCGUGUAUACAUGAACUUACAUCUCCAGAUGGACAGAAUCCCCUUGUUGUUGAAGAUCGUGCUCUGGCAGCUGAUUCACUUCCUCUUGAGGCUGCUCUUUUAAUGAUAUCCCCUGGCUGGUCUGCUGCUUUUGCUUCGCCUCCUGCUUCCAUGGCAUUAGCUAUGAUGGCUGCAGGUGCUGGUGGUGGAGAAACCAUGAUUCCUUCUAAAAGCACACAAGUAAGGCGUGACGCACCAACUGUUGAGCGAAAGACAGCGAGAUCAUAUUCAUUUGUGAACUUCCAAAGGCCUCCUGACGUGCCUAACAAAUCUCCACCCGUACCGAAAGAUAAAGCAGCUGCAAAGGCUGUUGCACUGGCUGCUGCAAGGGAUCUGGAACGUAAUGCCAAGAUUGGUUCUGGGAGGGGUCUUAGUGCUGUAGCUAUGGCUACAUCAGCACAGAGGAGAAGUGCCAGAGACUUUGAAAGAGCAAAUAGGUGGAAUAUCUCGGAAGCAAUGGGAACUGCAUGGGCAGAAUGCCUUCAGUCAAUUGAUUCUAAAUCAGUUUCUGGGAAAGAUUAUACUUCUCAGUCCAAUAAGUUUGUUUCAUUACUCGUAUCCAGUUUCACUUUGGCAAGAGACAUUCAGGAAGCAGAGAUGAGCAGGCGCUUUCAAGUGAAUAUUCUAGAUCAGCGCCGUCAAUAUGCUGGGAUUCAUUCCUGGAGAAAACUUAUACAUCGCUUAGUUGAAACAAGAGUGCUAUUUGGCCCAUUCAGGGCCCCCCUGUACAAUCCUGAACACGUUUUCUGGAAGUUGGACCUAAUGGAGUGUUCCACCAGAAUGAGGAGAAUUUUGAUUCGAAAUCUCAAGGGCAUUGAUCAUUUGGGUGCAGCUGCUGAUUAUGAAGAUCAAGCCAUGCGCUCUAUCUCUGUUGAAAAUUCAGAUAUGGGCAAGGCGGAUGAUCCAGAAGCUUCAUUUAAUGCUACUUUGGCUUCUAGUGCUUCAAUUCUGAUCUCUGAUGCAAUAUCCAUGGAAGAGGGUAACGAAAAUGAUGAGCAGACAGAAACUGAUAACCUUGACAACUUUGUAGAUAACCAGCAUAGAUCAUCAUCAGUGUCAUCCGUAACUGAGCAAUCUAAGGGACCAGUAGAAUCUAGAGUUUCUGCAGAUCGAAGUUUUGUACAGUCCAUGUCAGUUCCUUUCCAUGGGUGCAUGACCAGUGAAAUCGAUGAAAAGAUUACUAUUGCACUUUCCUCUUUGAUGGUGCGACCACUAAAGACUGUUAAGGGAAUCUUUCAAGUAACAACAAAAAGAAUAAAUUUCAUUUUUGAUGAGCAAAUUGGUGGCGGCCUCAUGGAGGAGAUCACCAAUAUUACUAGUCAAAACAUUGAGAAGGAUAAGGAUCGAAGCUGGCUCAUAUCUUCUCUUCAUCAAAUAUAUAGUAGAAGAUAUCUGCUCCGGAGAAGCGCUUUAGAAUUGUUUAUGGUUGAUCGAUCAAACUUUUUCUUCGACUUUGGGAGUCUUGAAAUGCGGAAGAAAGCAUACCGUGCAAUAGUUCAAGCCCAGCCGCCUCAUCUGAACAAUAUUUAUCUGGCAACACAGAGGCCUGAUCAAUUGCUUAGAAGAACUCAGCUAACAGAUCGGUGGGCAAGGUGGGAGAUUAGCAAUUUUGAAUAUCUUAUGGAGCUGAACACAAUGGCUGGACGUAGUUACAAUGAUAUCACCCAGUAUCCUGUUUUUCCAUGGAUCUUAGCAGAUUACUCAUCUAAGGCAUUGGAUCUUAGUAACCCUUCUUCUUACAGAGAUCUUUCCAAGCCAGUUGGUGCAUUAAAUCCUGAUCGGCUCAAAAAGUUUCAAGAGAGGUAUUCUAGCUUUGAUGAUCCCGUCAUCCCCAAGUUCCAUUAUGGUUCACACUACUCCAGUGCAGGAACAGUAUUGUAUUAUCUAGUUAGGCUGGAACCUUUCACGACUCUCUCUAUACAAUUACAAGGUGGAAAAUUUGAUCAUGCCGACCGAAUGUUUUCUGAUGUUGGUGGUACUUGGAAUGGUGUGCUUGAGGACAUGAGUGAUGUGAAGGAGUUGGUCCCAGAGAUGUUUUACCUCCCUGAGGUUCUAACUAACAUAAACUCAAUUGACUUUGGUACUACGCAACUUGGUGGAAAGCUGGAUUCUGUCAAGCUUCCUCCUUGGGCUCACAGUCCUGUAGAUUUCAUUCAUAAGCAUCGGAUGGCCCUUGAGAGUGAGUAUGUGUCUGCUCAUUUGCAUGAAUGGAUAGACCUAAUUUUCGGAUAUAAGCAGCGGGGAAGAGACGCUAUUUCUGCCCACAAUGUUUUCUUCUACAUUACAUAUGAAGGAACUGUAGAUAUUGAUAAAAUCACAGACCCGGUACAACAACGUGCUACACAAGAUCAAAUUGCAUACUUUGGGCAGACGCCAUCUCAGUUAUUAGCUGUCCCCCACAUAAGAAGGAGACCGCUUGUUGAUGUGUUGCAUCUGCAGACCAUCUUUAGGAAUCCCUUUGAGAUUAAACCCUAUGUGGUUCCAAAUCCAGAACGCUGCAAUGUUCCUGCUUCAGCUAUUUAUGCAUCGCAAGAUUCUGUCGUUGUUGUAGAUGUAAACGUUCCCGCUGCACAUGUGGCAAUGCACAAAUGGCAGCCAAAUACUCCAGAUGGCCAAGGAACCCCUUUCUUGUUUCAACAUGGGAAGUCUGCAACAAGUUCAACAGGUGGUGCAUUCAUGCGUAUGUUCAAAGGGCCAGCUGGAUCUGGUUAUGAGGACUGGCAGUUUCCUCGGGCAUCAGCAUUUGCUGCAUCUGGAAUACCAAGUUUAACUGUAGUUGCGGUGACUUGUGACAAAGAAAUUAUCACGGGUGGGCAUGCUGAUAAUUCUAUCAAGUUGAUAUCAUCAGAUGGAGGAAAAACCAUUGAAACUGCAUCAGGACAUUGUGCUCCUGUUACAUGUCUUGCACUCUCAGCAGAUAGUAAUUAUCUAGUUACAGGAUCUCGGGACAGCAUGGUCUUACUUUGGAAAAUACAUCGAGCAUCACCUUCUCAAGUUACCAAUAUAGCUGACACUUCCCCGAAGGCUAUAACAACACCGACUAGCCCUCUUGCAGGUAAUAAUAGCUCAAACAGAAGCUCAGAAGUUGGCAGGCCUUGUCGCAUUGAAGGUCCUAUACAUGUCUUAAGGGGUCACCUUGAAGAAAUUCUCUGUUGUGCUGUUAGUUCUGACCUUGGCAUAGCAGCUUCGAGCUCCUAUAGCUCAAGCGUGCUUUUGCAUUCAGUAAAAAGAGGUCGUUUGUUAAGGAGGCUAGAUGUUGGAGAGGCUAAUGUUGUCUGCCUUUCACCGCAAGGAGUUGUAUUGACUUGGAACAAGUCGGAGAAUCGAGUCAGGACAUUCAAUGUUAAUGGCCUUCCAAUUGCUACCGCUGUUCUUUCUUUCCCAGGGACAAUAAGUUGCAUUGAAAUGUCUGUUGAUGGAGAAAAUGUAAUCAUAGGAACCUCUUCUUUAAGUGAGAGAGAUAGUAGUAAUCUAGAAAAGGGCAAACCUCAGUCUGAAGGCACCCAUUCUUUGGAGAACAAGAUAGCAAUUCCUGUGCCUUCAGUGUGCCUCCUUAAUUUGCAUACGCUGCAGGUAAUUCAUAAAUUGGUACUCAGAGAAGGACAAGACGUCACUGCUGUGGCUUUAAACAAGGAUAACACGAAUCUUUUGGUUUCAACAGCAGAUAAACAGUUGAUAGUUUUCACAGAUCCUACUUUGAGCUUGAAGGUAGUGGAUCAAAUGCUUCGGCUUGGAUGGGAGGGCAGUGGGCUUACUAUAAAUAAAGUGUUGAACAGUUAGAUUUGUAUAUUGGAGAUCCUUCGUAGCCAGCCCCAGAUUAAUCGCAAUGCAGGAAAGGAUUUCAAUGUACUGAGAUACAUGAUAUAGUUGGAGAUAUCAUGUACUGAGAUACAUGAUAUAGUUGCAAUACAUGUUGUAAAGAGAAGAAAGUAAUAAGUUCAGGAAAAGUGGCUAGAGGUGAGCAAAUGGAAAUUUUGUGAGCUAAUCAUUUUGUAUUUUUUUUCCCUUGUAAAGAACACUUUCAUUAUAGAUAGCAAUUGUUGUGGGGUGGUAAAUGUUUUUGUUCUCUUUCCUCUGUAAUUUCAUUUUCAAAUAAUAUGAGUUCUUUGCUGUUGCAUAAGCAGUAUUGUUGUGCAAAGAUAAUGUGGUUUAUUUAUAAAGGUGACUACUAGCUCUAUGACUU